AUGCUCAAACCAAAGACUCGAAUUUAACUUUGGGGCGAACUNAAUAGAAUGGCAUCGAUGAGAAUCAAAUAAUAUGGAAAUAAAAUCGUCGUAGGUGAUAUUGUAAGUGCCAAUAUUCUGGAUGAAGUAGUUGCAGACGAGGGAGAGGAAAUCGUUUAAUAGGUUGCAGAAGAUGAAGAACAAUAGAAAAAUCAAACAAUAUCGGCUUGUGUUCUUGUGACUGAGUAGAAUAUUUCACAAUAUACAUUUGAUUAAAUAGUGUUGCCAAUCUAUGGACACAAGAUCACCAUUCCUGAGGAAUCGAUAGUGUCUACUUUAUUGAAGGAGAUAUUUUAGGAGGAACAAAUUACCAAAUAAGAUUUCGAGGAUGCGUCCAAUAAGUUUUUUAUUGAUGGCAAUUUCAGAUAUUUUGUACAACAUUCUAGUUAUUUAGGUUUAAAUUCCCACUGAAAUGGAUCAUCAUUUAUUCAAGUAUUAGAACAAAGAUCAAGAUGUGGUUGAUUCCUUUGGAGAACUACUCGUCGAUCAAGGGACAUAUUAAGGUUUGCUUAUCAAAUUCAAAUUAAAGAAAAGUAGUUAUGCAACUAUGCUGAUAAGAGAGCUCACUAAAUGCCCGUCAACUUUGGAGUUUUAAUAGGAGAUAAGUGUAGAAUUCAAAUGAGUAUUUUCUACAAUCUUGUAAAG